CGCCUUCCUCCUUCCCCAUUGAAGGAAUGCAACGUCAGUCAUUAUAGGACGUUCGAAAAAAGGCGGCGCUGCGUCAACCAUGGCCGCGUUGCGCGCAGCCAAACAGGCGCUCAGGAGGGACAUAAAGAAGCGCGUGGCAGCGCUGGGGAAGGACGAGAGGCUGCGCCAAUCGCGCGCGGUUGCGCGCAAGUUACUGCAGCAUCCAAAGUAUGAGAGCUGCCAGAGGAUUGCAGUGUUCCUCAGCAUGGCGGAUGAGGUCAGCACCGAGGAAAUCAUUGAUGACAUCUUCAAGAAGGGCAAGGUGUGCUUCAUACCUAAGUACCUGGCCAAGAGCAAUCACAUGGACAUGUUGAAGCUGAAUGGUGCCAAAGACAUCGAGGACCUGCCAGUUACAUCCUGGAACAUUCGCCAACCCGGGGACGAUGAAGAGAGGGAGGAGGCACUGGCCACAGGGGGUCUGGAUGUGAUCUUGAUGCCGGGUUUGGGAUUUGACAGGAGUGGGAACCGGCUGGGGCGAGGAAAGGGCUUCUAUGACGCCUACCUGGCACGCUGCAGAGACCACCCCAAGGGCAAGCCCUACACCAUCGGCCUCGCCUUCAAGGAGCAGAUCUGCCCAGAGAUCCCAGUGGGUGACAGUGACUUUACCAUUGAUGAAGUCCUCUUUGAUGACAGCUAAGGGUAGAGCCCAUUAGAUCUUAUGGUCUUCUGCACAGUCACAAGGAUACUGCUCUUCAUCAAGGGCCUCUUAAGGUCCCCGGUCCCAUUUCUUUACUUAGUCUCAGGACUGAAAUUGAAUAGUGCCAAAAAACGAAUGACUAGAACAUGUACCUGUUUAUAAUGACAUAUUUACUUUCAUCCUUCAAGGUGCAUGACUUUUUUUCUGUUUCCAUAACCAGCCUGCUCAUGAACUGAUGAAUCACGAGUGUUUUGUGAAUGAUUUAAAAAAAGCAGAUAAACCGCUGUUUUCUAAUUAAAUUUUCUCU